AUGACAUGUAUCCAGUGUGGCAACACCCCUACCGUGCUGGGGGAGUACUGCCUAGAAUGUGUCCGAUCUGUUAAAGUCAAGCAACAACCUGCUUUCCAGCCCACCAUUUCACCAACCCCUACCAGCGAUUCAGUCACCGAAGCUAUGAGAAUCAAGAGGGAAGAGGCCAUCAACCUGGCCCGAGGUUUAUAUGGUAUACCAACCCCAUCUGCUGGAUCCCUUUCUGUCCCCAGCUCUAUGAAGCCACCACCACCACCACCGGUUCACAGUAAUCUGGUGCUGCCACAGAACCCCGAUUUUCCCUAUGCCUCUGCUAGAGCACAAAGGAAUUCAGCCUGCAAGCCAUAUUCAACCACCCGUCCAAGGCUAGUGAUCAAGCAAUCUGCCUCUGGCAAAGGAGCCAUCCCACUCGAGAAUCCUCCCUACCGGGUCUCUGUCCAAUGUGGAUUCGAGGUGAGACACAAGAACAAAUGGGUCUCCAACCAGGCGCCAAUGCGUGUGGCUACCUGGAUUUUCCCUGGCGACCCCAACGCACAUCAAUCCUUACUUCUCGAGCUCACAAAAAGACACGAGGGGAAAAUGCAGCUCCAGAUCAAAAACUACGAUGGUCGGCUAUUUUUUUCUGAGAAGCACUUCCCAUUCUGCCGCCUUGGUACACGAAAAGGAUCAGUCAUCGACCAGGAGGGAUUCAUUCAAUUCCUCAAGGAAAACAAGGCAAUAGAUCUACUCUUGGAAUACGAUGAGUUUGAAGACCACGAAGAAGAUGAAGAAGAGGCAUGUGGCAUGGAGACCCAGUCUAGGCAAUAUGCCCUACGAUCAGCCACCUCUGCUUCCUUCAACAGCCGGGCAAACACACCUUCAGUUGGGUCCACCUUGGCGAUAUCAAACGAUCGAGAAGACUCAACUUUCUCACUUCCAACCAUUACCACCAAACCUCCGGUCAUAACCCAAGAGAACUCGCCUGAUAUUGUGGUUGCUACGUCUGCAAAUCAAAUUGGUCUUGGCUCAAUAAAAACGCCAGUGGAUCAAGCGUUGGAACCUGUGGUUAUCUACAAAAAGUCACCCCCAUGGUUGGCACCAGCAAUUCUUGACCUGAAGGAUCUUUCUUGGGACCGGUUUGGAACUCCGGAGCACUCGAGCACCUUUCGUGGCCAUGACGAUACUGGCUGGGCCAAUGGACUUCGUAGUCAACUUGAUCCCGAUGGUCUAUACAUCACCUUGAGGAUCUGCUCAUACCGUGUGCACUACAACCAGGUCGUCAGAAUAAAGGAUACCAGCAAAAUAAUCCAUGCUGAGAUACUGGACUCCGGGGUGAUCUAUCCCAUGGUAGCUGAAUACACGUUGGUUCGGAAAAAUCUCCGCCAAGCAAAUGAAUCGUAUGAGACAGAGCCCAACUACGCCAUGAGGACUUAUGCGGUUUCUCGGCAGUUCAUGGCCCUUUUCUGCAAAGUGAUUGGGUCAUCCAAGGCCUCCUCAGAUGAAAGACAAUUGGCCUCGACCCUACGAAUAAUUGACGGGUUCCCAGUUCACGACGAUGUCGAAUGUGGAAAAACCAACGAAUGUUUUGAUUACUUCCAGGAGAAUGACAUGAUUGAUGGACCUGGUUCAGGGGAUGGUAAUGGUAAUAAUACGUCCAACAUCAAGGAACCUUUGGAUAAUGAAAAACCUCGCCGGGUAUUCUUCUUCCAGGAAAAAAUCGAGGGAUAUCGCACUCUCUUGCCGCCUAUGGCCAAUGACUAUGGGAUCUUGAAUGCCUCCAGCCCGAUUGACAAGAUCUUGCAUGCCUUUCAACACUGGGUAUAUGUAUCGACCAAGGGCCAGAUGAUCAUAACCAAUCUCAAAGGAAAUCCUCCAUUGAUCACCAAGCCAAAGGUCAUCGAUGUCAAUCCCAGGUCUUAUUGGUAUCAAUGCCAAGAUACAAAAGCAAUGAUGGCCCAUUUCCUCAAGAAGCACACAUGCACGAACUUAUGCCAAGUGUUGGGCCUUCCACCAUUGGUAGAAAUUGUGUGGACCCCAACAGCCAAGUCCUUAAGGCCGCAUCAAGAAUACGACCUCAAUAACAUCAAUCACAACUCAGCCCGGCCCCAAAUGACUAGUGAUCAGUUGGAGCUCCUUGCGGUAGUCAGACAGGGUCAGAAAGCCCUUGUGUCCAAAUUAUUCUAG